CUCUUCACUUCUCCCACGCAGCAAAUCUGGGGACAACUCCAGCUCCAGCCUGGGGGAUGUGGUGACAGGGACCCGCAGACCCACCCCCCCCGCCAGCGCGAAGCAGAAGCAGAAGUCGGCCGAGCAUGUGCCCCCCUAUGAUGUGGUGCCCUCCAUGAGGCCAAUCAUCCUGGUGGGACCCUCGCUGAAGGGCUACGAGGUCACAGACAUGAUGCAGAAAGCUCUCUUUGACUUCCUGAAGCAUCGCUUCGAUGGCAGGAUCUCCAUCACGCGGGUGACAGCUGACAUCUCGCUGGCCAAGCGCUCGGUGCUCAACAACCCCAGCAAGCACACCAUCAUCGAGCGCUCCAGCACCCGCUCCAGCCUGGCCGAGGUGCAGAGCGAGACCGAGCGCAUCUUCGAGCUGGCCAGGACCCUGCAGCUGGUGGCCCUGGACGCCGACACCAUCAACCACCCUGCCCAGCUGGCCAAGACCUCCCUGGCCCCCAUCAUCGUCUACAUCAAGAUCACCUCCCCCAAGGUCCUGCAGCGGUUGGUGAAGUCCCGAGGCAAGUCCCAGGCGAAGCAUCUCAACGUGCAGAUGGUGGCCUCAGACAAGCUGGCACAGUGCCCACCCGAGAUGUUCGACAUUGUGCUGGACGAGAACCAGCUGGAGGAAGCCUGCGAGCACCUGGCCGAGUACCUGGAGGCCUACUGGAAGGCCACGCACCCCCCCAGCAGCAACCCCCCCAACCCCCUGCUCAGCCGCACCAUGGCCACGGCCGCCCUGGCCGCCAGCCCCGCGCCCGUCUCCAACCUGCAGGGUCCCUACGAGGGGCAACCAGGCCGCCUCCGGCAAGGGGCAGCUGAAGCGGGGGGGCCCACUCAGGUGCGACCCCCUCCGGCGGCACCCUCCCGCCCGACCCCCCGCAGCCUGCCCCGCCAGGACACCUUCGACGAGGAGACCGCGGGGGGCACCGAGCCCCCCGACUCCUGCUGCAUGGACGUCGAGAUGGAGCCCGUGGAAGAGGAGCCGCCAGACCCCCCCAAAAGCGGUGCCCGUGGCCCGCCCCCGCCCGGCCAGCAGCCCCCCAGCAGUGCCCGGGAGGAGGACGGGGGGGGGGAGGGUCGGGGGCUGCGGGGUCGAGCCAAGGGUCGGGACCAGCCUGAGCCGCCGGAGCCGCCGGGCAGGAGCGCGGCGGAGGGCUGGGGGCAGGACGUUUACACCCGUUAGGGUGCGGGGGGGUUGCAGGCAGGGGAUGGACCCCCACAGCCCCCCCCCCCGCCCCCCCACUGAUGCCUUUGUGCCCCCCCAGCCUGGCCAGCUGUGCCAUGGGGAGCUCCUGCUUUGCCCCAUGGCAUCCCCCUGCCCCCCCCUUUCCAACCUUCCCCCCCCCCACCCAGCAUCUUACGGUGCCUCUGGCCCUCCCCAUAGAGGAGGGGGGGGGGCGCAAAGUGACCAAAGGGGACACCCCCACCCACCCCCCACCGCGGGAGCUCUGCCCGUGGCUGGUGUGUCCCCAGACAUGGAGUGUGUGGGGGGGGUCAUGAUCUCUACCCAGCUCUUGCCUGCUGGCUGCCCCCCCCCCGGGUACCCUCGCGUCUCCAUGGUGCUGUUUGCCAGCAGGGGGGGGGACCUGCCAGCAGCGUGAGUGUGCCCCCUCCCCCCAAGCCAGUGCCUGCACCCCUGCAGGGCUGUGAGCCUCCCCCCCCCCGACCCACGGAUGCUGCGGGGGGGGGGGGUGGGGAGGGGCUGCAUGCGUGUGCCGUGUGUGCAGGGGUCUGGGUGGGGGGGGGUCUCCGGCAGUGGAGAGGUCCCUGCUGCCCCAGGCUGUGCCCCCCGACCCCGGGGCGGGGGGGGGCAGUUUGCAUGUGUUUGCCUUGGAGUGGCUCUGCCUGAACUGCUUUUGGGGGGGGG